CACCACCAACUCAGCGUCAACGCCGACCUACAUUCAUACGUAUUGCUGUUUUCUACUCACUUUGCAAGGCCCACCUUUAGGAUAGCACCAUGGGCGCACCGGAUAAAUUAUCCGCCUUAGCAGCUCUCAAAGCUCGAAGACAACAGGCGUCAACGAUAGCCGGAGAACCCAAUGCCGCGGGAACAUCGGGGAGUCCCGCGACGGGCACGGCUGCGGCAGGCAUCGACAGCGCCGCUGCAUCUACAGCAGUAGCAACAUCAACGCCAGGCCCUGCGACGGCAGUAGCAGCAGCAGGGCCAGGCCCGCGCUCCUCGGCGCCCACACGGACGGCCGGAGGACCCCUUGCACGAGCCCCCAGCUCCAGCUCCAGCACCCGCACCAGUGCUGCAGCCAGCGCCAUCCCAAGCGGCAGUAGCGGCCUUGGCUCCAGCGCGGCCCCUCGAGCCGCAGGCGGCGCGACCGGCGGCAGCAGCAGCGGCCGCCUAAGCAGCAGCAACACGCCGCCGCCGCCGCCGCCUCCAGGAGACGACGGCGGCGACGAACCGCUCCCCAUGCGCACUGUGGAGGCGUUCGCCUGGGUGUGUGGCGUGUGCGAGCGGGAGUGCGUGCCGGUGCGCAGCGAGUCGCGCUGCCUGUGCGGGCACCGGCUGCGGGAGCACGGGCCCGCCAGCACGGCCGCCGCCUCGCGCUGCCGCUCCGCCAAGUGCGGCUGCGUGGGUUUCUUCUACGUGGUGGCGGAGGGGUCCUGGGUGCUGCGGUGCAGGUGCAAACACAAGCACACGGAGCACAACGCCGCGCACCCCGCCCGCGGCUGCGCCAAGCCCGGCUGCGGCUGCGGCUCCUUCGACAGCCCCUGGGUGUGCAACUGCGACCACCCCUGGGCGGCGCACAGGCAGGUCGUCACCAACAAACAGGUGGUGGCGGUGCGGGACCUGCUGGGCGGCCUGUCGCUGGCGGAGGCGCCGGGCGCUGCGGGUGGCGGCGGCGGCGGCGGCGGCGGGCUAGGCGGGCCGGCGGCGGAGGUGAACAACUAUGACGGCCUGAAGCGGGGGCAGCUGGGGCCGGAGGCGUUUGGGCACAUGUAGGGUGCGGCUGUGUGUGUGUGUGUGCGUGUGUGUGUGUGUGUGUGUGUGUAUGUGUGUGUGUGUGUGUGUGUGUGUGUGUGUGUGUGUGUGUGUGUGUGUGUGUGUGUGUGUGUGUGUGUGUGUGCGCAGGGUGUGACUUCAUUGCUGCAACUUGGACUUUGACCAUGACAUCGAAUGUGUGUGUGCUGUGCGAUUUGUGUGUGUGUGUGUGUGUGUGUGUGUGUGUGUGUUAUAACCAAAACAAAUCGCCCGAGGUUGUGCAUGUGUGUGUAUAUGUGUAUGUGUGUGUGUGUGACUGUGACUGUGACUGUGACUGUGUAUGUGCAAGCGUGUACGUAUGUAUGCACGAGGACGGCGAGUGCGGAACUUGGAAACCGAAUCCGGAGUCCUGAAGGGCGGGGGCGGGGCGUGCUGAGCAGUAAGGGCGGAAGGAAUAAAGCUUCCUCAGCAGCAUGCAUUGAUGCAUUAGAGUUGGGUGUCUUGAGAUUCCAUAGCCAGCACGCCGCACGGGGGGCACAGGGGUGCUGCGCCUGCUGCUGCGUUCCUUCACCUAGCACGUGUGCCAAUAAUAUAUGUCUCACAUGCAUCACCAUCGCCGCAUAUUGUAUAGAAGACGGCUUACGUGGGUAGGGCCGCCGGCAACGUGCCGCCGGCCCCAGCAGACAUGCCGCACAACAGCAUUUAUUGGUAGCGCGAAGGUGAACUUGUUAAGCAAGCUUAAGGCCUG